GGGAGCUGCCUGGGAGCUCAGCCUGGCACUCGGAUUUUUAAGCAAAUAACCAAGCUGGGAGCAGUGGGAGAACUGGCUGAACUACUGACAUAUGAUGAGCAUCUUGCCAUGUUCCUGGUGCAGUACACAGGCUUAAACCAGCUGCCCUUUGAUCCUUCCAGCAGCACUGAGUCCCUGUCGGAGAGCCCGGCCGAGGAUGGAAGUCAUCCGGGAAAGAGGAAGAGAGCAAUUCCUCCAGCAGAUGGUGGCAGAAAUCUGAGCCUGGACUCCAUUCCGAUGGGAUUGCCAAUGUCCGACCCGACCGCCUGGGCCACCGCCAUGAACAACCUGGGGAUGGCUCCCAUGGGCAUGACAGGACAGCCCCUCCUGCCUGACUUUGAUCCUGCUCUUGGGAUGAUGACUGGAAUCCCUCCGAUCAACCCCAUGAUGCCGGGCUUAGGGAUCGUCCCACCUCCCAUCCCUCCGGACAUGCCUGCUGUGAAGGAGAUCAUUCACUGCAAGAGCUGCACUCUCUUCCCUCCUAACCCACAUCUUCCCCCUCCAGCCACAAGGGAGAGGCCCCCGGGGUGCAAGACGGUGUUUGUUGGAGGGCUGCCGGAAAACGGGACGGAGCAGAUCAUCAUGGAGGUGUUUGAGCAGUGUGGGGAGGUCAUCGCUAUCCGCAAGAGCAAGAAGAACUUCUGCCACAUCCGCUUUGCUGAGGAGUUCAUGGUGGACAAGGCACUUUACCUGUCUGGCUACCGCAUCCGGCUGGGCUCCAGCACGGACAAGAAGGACACGGGGCGCCUGCACGUGGAUUUUGCCCAGGCCAGGGAUGACCUGUACGAGUGGGAGUGCAAGCAGCGGAUGCUGGCGCGGGAGGAGCGGCACCGGCGGCGGCUGGCGGAGGAGCGCUUCCGCCCGCCCUCGCCGCCGCCCGUCGUCCACUACUCCGACCACGAGUGCAGCGUGGUGGCCGAGAAGCUGAAAGAUGACACAAAGUUCUCAGAAGCCAUCCAGACCUUGCUGACCUGGAUAGAGCGUGGGGAAGUGAACAGAAGAACUGCCAACAACUUCUACUCCAUGAUCCAGUCGGCCAACAGCCACAUCCGCCGGCUCGUCAACGAGAAAGCGGCUCACGAGAAGGAGAUGGAAGAAGCUAAAGAGAAGUUCAAACUGGCUCUCUCAGGGAUCCUGGUGCAGUUCGAGCAGAUAGUGGCCGUGUACCAUUCUGCCUCCAAACAAAAGGCUUGGGACCAUUUCACGAAAGCUCAGCGUAAGAACAUCAGCGUGUGGUGCAAACAAGCAGAGGAAAUCCGUAACAUCCAUAACGAUGAGCUGAUGGGUAUCCGGAGAGAGGAGGAGAUGGAAAUGUCUGAUGAAGAAAUAGAAGAUCCAUCAGAGAUGAAAGAAACGGAAGAAUCAGCGCUGGUGUCGCAGGUGGAGGCGCUGAAGGAGGAGAACGACAGCCUGCGCUGGCAGCUGGACGCCUAUCGCAACGAGGUGGAGCUGCUCAAGCGGGAGCAGGGCAAAGCCUCCCGGGAUGAGGACACCACCAAGGAGCAGCAGAUGAAGCUCCUCCAGCAGGCCCUGCAGGGCAUGCAGAAGCAUCUUUUGAAAGUCCAGGAGGAAUACAAAAAGAGAGAAGCAGAGCUAGAAAAAGUGAAAGAAGACAAAUUAAAAGUGGAAACGUUACUAGAAAACCUGAAGGAGCAGCAGAGCAUGGCAGAUGAAGAGGACAAGGAGGGAGAUGCAGCUGAUUGUCAAGGGAAUGAGAGCAGCACGUCCAGAGUUUGUGCCUGCAGCCAGGAGAAGGAAUGUCCAGUGGAGAAGACGUUGAGCAACAGUCCUGUGAAAUCUGAACGAGAAGUUCUCCUAGUUGGAAUAAUUUCCACGUUUCUCCACGUGCAUCCCUUUGGAGCCAGCAUUGAGUACAUCUGCUCCUACCUGCAGCGCCUGGACAGCAAGAUCUGCACGGCGGAAGUGGAAGUUCUCAUGACGCGACUCCAGAACACGUUCCGGCAGGAGCUGAGCGGGGUUGGGGCCAGCUUGGAGAAGAGGUGGAAGUUUUGUGGCUUUGAUGGGUUGAAAAUGACUUGAGCUUUUGACUUAAUGCUGAAAACAGCAGGAUAUGGACACCGAGAAAACCCGGGAUGCUGUUCCCCCUGUUCCCGAUGAUUCCCUCGCACGCUCCAUGGCCCCGGGGUACAGUGUGUAAGUGAAACAAAGUCUGGAGCCACCACUGGAAGAACCCUCAAGUUCUGCAGCUCCUUUGAUCAGUUAUUUGUUAAUGGGCAAGUGCUGUUCAAUAUAUUUGGGGAAAAAAGCUCCUGCCUGACCCUUUGAAGCCCAGCGUGUCAACUCUGUUCUGCCAAUGUUGUAUGUGUUUGUGUGCCCAAAUUCUUCCCCCUCAAGCUUCCUACCAGCAGGAACUGUCAUAGACUACCAGCCAUAGACUGUCCUGAAGCAACAACAAAGAGGCAUUUUCUGGUUUCUAGAUCACCAAAAGGGGAAAAAAAAAA